AUGCAGCUGAGUUGGCAGAGGUGGAUCGGAUCUGGAGCUUCCCGCCAAUUGGUGGAAAAUAUCUCCCGGCCAUUAAUGAAGCUACCGUCGAGAUCGUCAGCCGUCGUCUUCUCCCUUCUGCUCCUCCUCGGCGGCGCGUUGAUCUCCACUCGCCUCCUCGAUUCCAAUAAUUAUUUAAUUCAUUUCCCUCAUUCUUCGUCGCAGGCGUUCAGCAGCUCGGCGAAGACUCUAACGGCCAGCAAAAUCACGCUUCCCGACGACAUUCCGAAAAAACAUCUCGAGAUUCCACUCAACUGCACUGCACUCAACCACACCGGAACCUGCCCGGUGGACUACCCGACGGGAGGCGCGACCGAGGAACCCGGCCAGCCGUCCACGUCUGACCGUCCCCCGUCCAAAACCUGCCCGGAGUUCUUCCGGUGGAUCCACGAGGACCUCCGUCCCUGGGCCCGCACCGGCAUCACGAGGGAGACGCUCGAGAGGGCCAAAACGACGGCGAAUUUCCGGCUCGUCGUAAUCAAAGGCCGAGCCUAUGUCGAGACUUUCGAGAAAGGGUUCCAGACGAGGGACACUUUUACCCUGUGGGGGUUCCUACAGUUGCUCCGUAGGUACCCCGGCCAAGUCCCCGAUCUGGAGCUCAUGUUCGAUUGCGUCGACUGGCCCGUCAUCAAAUCGGCGGAUUUCUCCGGGCCCGACGCUCCUCCACCGCCGCCGUUGUUCCGGUACUGCGGCGACAACCAGACGCUGGACAUCGUCUUCCCCGAUUGGUCCUUCUGGGGAUGGGCGGAAAUUGACAUAAAGCCAUGGCAAAUGUUGCUACCAGAGCUGAAGGAAGGAAAUACGAGGACCAAAUGGGAGAACAGGCAGCCCUACGCUUACUGGAAGGGAAACCCUGACGUAGCGGAGACGAGAUUGGAUCUUAUGAAAUGUAAUGUCUCCGAGAAGCAGGACUGGAACGCUAGGGUUUACAGGCAGGAUUGGUUCAAGGAGUCGCAACAAGGGUACAAGCAAUCUAGCCUGGCGAGUCAGUGCAUUCACAGGUACAAGAUUUACAUCGAGGGUUCGGCAUGGUCGGUGAGCCAGAAGUACAUUCUGGCGUGUGACUCCGUCACGUUGAUAGUAAACCCACAUUACUACGAUUUUUUCACGAGAGGGUUGAUGCCGGUCCGGCAUUUCUGGCCGGUGAAGGAGAACGAUAAGUGCAGGUCGAUCAAGUUCGCUGUCGAUUGGGGGAACAGCCACAAGAGGAAGGCGCAGGCGAUUGGGAGGGCGGCGAGCAACUUCAUCCAGAACGACCUGAAAAUGGAGAAUGUGUACGACUACAUGUUCCACCUCCUGAACGAGUACGCCAAGCUGCUCAAGUUCAAGCCGGAGGUGCCGCGGAACGCGACGGAGCUCUGUUCCGAAGCCAUGGCUUGCUCUGCCGACGACCAGGGGUUUCAGAAGCAGUUCAUGAUGGAUUCUCUGGUGAAGGGUCCAGCGGAGACGGCUCCCUGCGCCAUGCCGCCACCGUACGACCCUUCAUCGAUGUAUGCGGUUGUGAAGAAGAGGGAGAACUCGAUGAAGAUUGUGGAUUUGUUGGAGAGGAGGUAUUGGGAGAAGCAGGGUCGUCGUCAGCAGAAGCCUUGA